CUGCGCUCAUGGCCCAGAGGAGGGCUGCUGGGGGCUGCUGCUGCUGCUCCAGGGCGCCCAUGAAUGAAGACAAUGCCCGUUUCUGCCUGCUGGCCGGGCUCAUCCUGGUCUAUUUGUUGUGCGGAGCGGCCAUCUUCUCAGCCCUGGAACACCCCUUUGAGCUGCGCGCCCGCCGCCUCUGGAAACAGCAGCUGGACAACUUCACCCAGAGAUACAGGGUCAACCUGGGGGCCUUGCACACUCUGCUGCGGCAGUACGAGGAGGCAAACGGAGCUGGGAUCAGAGUGGACGCGCUGAGGCCCCGCUGGGACUUUUCUGGAGCUUUCUACUUCGUGGGCACAGUGGUCUCCACUAUUGGCUUUGGCAUGACCACACCGGCGACCAUAGCUGGAAAGAUAUUCUUAAUCUUCUAUGGUCUCAUCGGCUGUGCUGCCACCAUUCUCUUCUUUAACCUCUUCCUGGAGAGGAUCAUCACAAUGUUGGCUUACAUCAUGCGCUGGUGCCAUGAGCGUCGGCUCAGGUGUGCUGGAGUUUGGGUGGUGUCGAGCAGGGAAGAGUCCUCCGGCGAGGAGGACAGCCUGGAAGGCUGGAAACCAUCAGUCUAUUAUGUGAUGCUGAUCUUGGGUGUGGCAUCGGUUGUGAUUGCGUGCAGCGCCUCCACUCUGUACAGCCCCAUGGAGAACUGGAGCUACGUGGACUCCCUCUACUUCUGUUUUGUGGCCUUCAGCACCAUCGGCUUCGGGGACCUGGUGAGCAGUCAGAGACAGCAGUACGAUUCUCAGGAGGCCUACCGACUCGGGAACUGCAUUUUCAUCUUGAUGGGGGUGUGUUGUAUCUACUCACUCUUCAAUGUCAUUUCUAUUAUCAUCAAGCAAACUCUAACCUGGAUUGUGGGUAAACUGGUCUGCUCGGGGCGGCACCAGUCCUGCUCCUGCUCUAGAACCGGGUGCCGGUGGUUCUGCUGCCCCUGCCUCAAGAAGAAAAAUCACAACCGCGUGCGUCCGCUUGCACACCUCCGACAGAAACGCUUAAAACGCAACACCGUGCGGCCCAUCUCGUCCCACUUUCCCGCAGGAAGACACCGCUACAUGGACGGCUCGGUGGAGACCGUGUGCGACAGCGAGACGGACGCAGGUGCGGCCGCCGAUGGGGUGCACGUGGGCCGUCGUCUGUCAGGAGAGAUGAUCUCUGUCAAUGAGUUCAUGGUGUCCAACAAGGUGUCUCUGGCACUGCUACAGAAGCAGCUGAGCGAAACGGCUCACCAGGGCCCACGGCAAAGCUACAGCCAUCAAAAUGGAUUCUCCGGGGGUGUGGGGGCCUUGGCCAUUAUGAACAAUCGCCUACAGGAAACCAGUGUGGAUAGGUAGCACGAACGAGAUGUCAUUCUUGUGUACAUUGCUUUGGGCUCUCUAUGAUGGAGCCCUAAUUCCAAACUAUUUUCUUGUCCAAAAUACAACUCUACAUACGUAUGCUCAUUUAUGACUCAGAGAAAGUCAACAAUUUAUCCUCAGUGUGACCAAACCAAAUUCUGUGACCGGAAUAAUUACCCUAAUUUGAGCAUUUUUCAAUGGAAGUCUAUGCGGAUAAUAGCAGACCUCCAGCGGGGAUUCUGGACAUCCAAUAAUUGAUCACAUUUUCUUCUGUGUAGAGAAAGAGAGCAAAAAGCCUGAAUACAAUUUAAAGAAUUUAACAUCACUGUGAGGAGGGGUCUGAUGUCCUGAAGUGAUUGGCUCAUUCAAAAGCAAUCAGAUGAAAGAAGCAGUGAAGGACCACUUAGAAGGGGACAGCUGAUUUAAGAGUGCUGCACAUGUCCUCUGAGCUCCUGAUAAAUAUGGUUGUGUGUGUGAGGUGGUAGUCAGUAUUAGUGAACAUGCAGACAUAAAUAUAUCUACAGUCUCCUCUUAGAUAACUAGCUGCUUAUACAGCAUAACACAUUUGAAUUGUGGUUGAAACAGAGCUUCUCAAACGCACCGCAGGAGCUCACCAACACGGAAAAAGAGACAUUUUAAUCUGUCGUUUGCUCACAAGUCGGCCAUCUCGUUUCAUCAACGCAUGUCAUUGAAAUUCUUAGUAAUCAUGAAAUAGCGCUGAGAUCCGGGGUUUUCAAUAGAGCACAUCCAAUCAAACGAGGCCUAGAGGACGUCCUUAUGACAAAAGUGCUUAUAGUCGCAGGAUCACAUCAUCAGAGCAGAGAAGCAAGAUUCAGGCUCUCCUCUGCUAGCUGGAGGAGAUCCUUUACUAUGCAAAAAAACAUAAACAUGUUAAUCCAUUUUGUAUCAUUCUGUAUCAUCUACAGUUUUUCAUCAGUGCAUGGGAGGGUGAUUGUGGGGAGAAAAGCGACAAACAUCCUCCAUUUUCCUCUGUGGUCACGCUUGAUGAAUUGUCUAAAUUGCUAAUUUGAGAACAAUGAGAAAAAACAGUUCUUUAGGGAGUUAUUGUGGGUAAAAAUACCGCAAGUAGUCAAUUAAAUAUUCUUUAUUUAGGUUUAAAACAGUCAUGACUCCUAACAUGUAAUGUCUAUACACAGAAGAUUACUCACUGAAUAAUAAAACAAUCCAAUAUAUGAUGCGGAUUAAAUGACCCAUCCUGAAACUGACCCGGUCUGAUGCUGUUUGUUUUAUCUUUGCUAUAUAAAAGAUGAAUAAGGCAGCACAGUACAUAUCAUCAAACUUAUGGAAAAAAACACAUUUCACAUACACUGUAUUGAUUCAAAUGUUUACAAAUAUGGUUAUAUGAAUAUAGAAAGAAUUAUAUUAUAAGAAAUAUAGGCGUAGAACUUAUUCACGGAAAAUAGAUUUUGAUCGGUCAGUAAAUACAGAUUUUAGGGUAUUUGGCCAAUUUUGGGAUGCUUUUAGUUCAGAACUUGUUCACAAUGCAACCGUUACAUGCUGUAUAGAUCUUUAGAUAAUAAUCUAAUUAUUUGAACACAUAACUCAUAACAUAUCACAUAACUUCACUGGGCGAAGUGGAUCUAAUUCUACAUGUUUAAAGUAAACACAAGUUGUAGAAGUAAACACCUUUUCAAAAAAAGGUUUCGAUUUUGUGUGAAAUGUAUCUUUUCUUGACUGUGUAUGCGUUGAGAUUUAAAUAGCAGAAUUAAACAUUUCAUUAGUGUUUAUUUGCCUGUCACUUUUUUGCCAUGAUGAAAAUGCUAAAUUUGUGCACCCCCAUCAGCUGCCCAGCUGCUAGCACUGUUAGCGCUCCCUGUUAAAGCAAAUGGAUAUAUGUGAGCUUUUGGGCUAGCAACAACCCAUUUUUCCUUCCUUAUUUUUAAAACAUCUUCUUAAAAAUACAACUCUACAUACAUAUGCUCAUUUAUAAUUUCAUCCAAUGUACAAUGUAUAAUUUCACAGCUGGUUGUUAUUCAGUUUUACAGUCAUUUGAAAGUGUCAUCUGUAUUUUCUGUUCACUGAAUAUGAGGCAGAGGUUUGUUGCUGGAUCGUGUCUCUGAGUAAGUUUUACAAAAUCUCCUUCUUGUAUAAAUAUAAAAUGUAUUAGGCUUUAUUAGAUCUAUUUUGCAUUGUAUUUGUUAUGACAAGAUGCUGUUUGCUAGUAUGAUGUAAACAAACACCCCUGUCUGUUCAACAUCUCCCUUUUUGUCAAAGUGCACACAUGAAAGAAAACAGUUUUAAUAAUAUUGAUAUUAAUUACAGUCCUUCCACGGAUCCUUGGA